AUGGCAACGGAGUGUCCCCGGACUUUGAGAAUUUGUGCUGUACCCCCGUCUACGGCUAUGAGUACAACACAAGAAAACGAGUCGGUGGUUCGGAACACCGACGACCAGCACGGCGUUUCCCCGGACGGGCUUCUCGGGAUUGGUUACCCCGAGGAGCUUACCGUGCUGUUAAAAGGCAAGGGGACAAGCGAUGGAGACAACGGUGGAGCAUCGGCCCUAUCUGCUCACGAGGAGGGUGGCAGUACGGCCGAGAUGCUUAGCUGCGAGGGGUCUAACGAGGAGGAUCCGCUUCGCGUGCCCUCGUCUGCGGUGGAGGAGGCGGCGGCCUCUGGAGAUAUCGGUCACCUUCCGGGUAUUUCAUUCGGCGCGCUGGAGGGCUCGACGAGGUUGGUGGCCGACGCUCCAGCCAAAAGGAAGAGGGACUCCUCUGAGUCACCGGGAGCGGCCUCGUUGGCGGCGAUCUCGUCGGAAUCUGAGCCCGGAGUGAGGGGUCGGAGAACUCGCCCGCGGGCUAUAUCGGACGAUCCCCCGUCUGAGGGGGGGUCGUCGGGCGAUCGUCCCGAUGACGGGGUGAUCGUCGUUUCAUCCGAGGAGAGGCCUGAUUGGAACACGACCCAGUCCGAGUCCGAGUCGAGGCCUGAUCUGGGAUCCCCUGGAUCAGGGAUAUUAAAGCAGGUGAUGAAAUCUGAGGAGGCACUUGCGUCUCACUCCGCGGACGAAAUUACGCGCAUGGCUAAGGCGUGGCUGAGAGGCAUAGAGAGCGCACGCACAACUAGCCAAAAUAUUAAGGGCACACUCUCGGGUCGGAUGGGGAAUCGAAUCAAGGCUCUCGAAAAUGUUAUCAAGGUCUUCUCCGAGAGAGUGGAGGACUCCGGUGACGUCCCAUUCCUACGACGGAGAAACGAGGAACUUGAAGAGCAACUGAAGAAGGCCAAGAACUCGGAGGAUCAACUGAAGAAAGAGCUGGAGGAGUCACGGAAGCGUACUACGAAAAUAAACGCUGAGUUGAACGCUCUGAGGGAGCGCAUUGGUUCAAAGUCCACAUCAAGGGAGGACAACGUGGCGACGGCCUCUGCGAGAGAGCGGUUAUCGGUCGCGGGGGAGGGACCCCGUGCUCCGGGUAAACGCGGAGCUAAGUCCCGCGCCCUGGCAGAGGCCUCCGCCUCUACGGACGUGGGCGAUUCAGCAAUGGACAUCAAGAGACUGGAGGGCUACGAGGAUAAACUGACCAAUGAGAUCGGCAAUUUGUUGCAUAUUCAGGAGGACAUUGCGGCCCUGAAAGAGAGGCUUUUGAAUGAUGGCCCACCACAACCACCGCCGCCUCGGAAGAAGGGCGUCCCAAGGAUAAUGGAGGACAUUCAGAUCCGUCCUCCUCUGAAGGCUAAUAGACCGGCCCUAUCAACGGACUCGGAGAUUGUGGUGUCAACGGAUAACCAGAACUCCAGAUCGUAUCGGACUGCGUUACUGCGGCACAAAACAGAGGAGACGGGAGGACCUGCCCCGCGUGGCGAAGUGGCCGCUCCCUCUCCCGCGAUGGGGAAGAGGAGCCGAGGAAGGAAACGUGAUACUCCACGAAAGGAAGGUCCCGGGGCAGACGCCAAGCGAGGGGACGGCCCUCCGCGUCGUCGUGUCCCGAGGUCGGCGGCGGUUACCCUCAGAUCUGCGACCGGGGAGAUAUCCAAUACAGAACUGCUAAGGAGGGCUAGGCAGAAGAUGAGCCUGGGGGAUUUCGGAAUUGUGAAACCCCGCAUCAGAGUCGCCGCCGGCGGUGCCCUUAUUAUAGAGGUCCCUGGUGAGGACGGCCCUGCCAAGGCUGACGCCCUCGCGGCGAGAUUGAGGGAUACUCUUGGGCCUGACGCAGUGGUGUCACGCCCCGUUGCAAAGGGGGAGCUGAGGGUUGCUGGCUUCGAUGGUUCCGUCUCCCCGGAUGAGCUGGUGGCGGCGCUGGUCGACGCGGGUGGCUGCUCGUCGAGGGACGUGAAGGUGGGCUCGUUCAGGGAAUCCCCGAGCGGCCUGUGCUCGGCCUGGGUGCAGUGCCCCUUGGCUGCGGCCAAUCGCAUGGCGAAAGCGGGCUCAAUAAUCGUCGGAUGGACAAUGGCGAAGGUGACGCUUCUUAGGUCGAGACCAGUCCAGUGUUAUCGCUGCUGGGACUUCGGCCACGUGAGGGGCGGCUGCCGCUCGACAAUUGAAAGAGGGCGCGCAUGCUUUAACUGCGGAGGAGAGGGUCAUGCGCUGAAGGAGUGCUCUUCUCCAUCGUGCUGCGUAGUGUGUCGGGAUAAGGGAUUAAAUCCGGAUCAUAGACUAGGCACAGACAAUUGCCCCAGUGUUCGGCCCCGCGAUCGGAGGGCGGGACCUCCUGGACGGACGAAUGGCCCUUAG